ACCAAUCGAUCUUAGGUCAGUUGGGGACUACUUGUACUACUUGCCAAAAGUUGACGACCCCAUGUGGAAAUUACAAUGAAGAUCCUGUUUAUUUUCAUCAUUUACCAGAUCAAAGAUCUACUGGAUUGUGUGGACGUUGUUGGCUAUUCAGGAAGAAGUGUCAUCAUAAACUGCAGUUACUCAGCAGAGUUUCGAGCUCAGGAGAAAGUUCUCUGCAGAAGAGCACAGAUCUGUGAGACCAUGAUAAGAACGAAUGCUUCAAAUCAGUGGGUUCAUAAUGAUAAAUUCCACUUGUAUGAUGACAAAAAUGCAUCAGUCAUUACAGUGUUUAUCAGUAAUCUGAUUUGGCAGGAUGCUGGAACUUACAGGUGUGCAGUUGUAGAAGAGUCUGCAUACAGGACUGUCCAAGACUGGGAUCUGAAAGUGAAAGAAGAUGGGGACGGCGGGAAGUUAAAGACAGUCACAGCUCAGCUUGGACACAGCGUCUCCUUCAGUUGUGAAUAUUCCGAAAUAAAGAAAAUUACCCCCAAAUAUUUAUUCAAAAUGCAAGAUCCCUCUGCUGAACUACCGAGGCCUAACUCUGCAACACCGGUGAGAGUGCAAGAGGACUUCAAGAGACUGUUCCUCAUCUCUGACCAGAGAGACUUAAACAUGUUUAGAGUUAGAAUCGAACAUGUGACGGUAGAAGAUACUGGCCUUUAUUUCUGUGGAAUUCAAACCAGCGUAAACACAGUCAGCUACGUCUCUGCAAUCAGAAAUAUCCAACUGUUUACUGCCGGCAGAGUUAUGAUUGGUUAUGAAGGUGAUGUGGUCCAGAUCAGAUGUCCUUAUGCCUCAAACUAUAAACAGCAUUUAAAACAUUUCUGUAAGGAAAAUGAAGAGAAAGAGUGUUUGACAGAACAGAGCAACCUUCAACCUUCAACUCAGCUCCAGAACAGGGAGGAGAGAUUCACUCUGAAUAACAACAUCACCACUGGAGUCUUUACUCUGACCAUCAGAGGACUGACUGCAGAGGAUGCUGGGAAAUACUGGUGUGCUGUGAGGACAGGAGACAUCUUGAUGAAGUAUCUCUCCAAUGAACUGAAGGUCAUCAUGAAACAAGAGCUUCGUGUGAUUGGACAUCAAGCACUCAAUGCAUCCAUCAACUGCAUCUCUUCUAGAACAAUCGACUCUGAGAAGAAAAAUAAUGUAAAGGUCUUCUGCAUGGGGAAACAUCCCUCCAUCUGUGACGAAUAUGGAGUAAGAGUAUCAUCAGAGAGAAACAGGAGAGGCAGAUUCUCUCUGAGUGAUGAUGCAUCUUCAGGAAUCUUCACGGUGAGCAUCACUGAUCUGAGAGAAGAAGACUCCGGGACGUACUGGUGUGGAGAAGAGAGCUCUGGAUCUGCCAUCUACACCAAAGUUCAUCUGCAAGUUACGAAAGAGCACAGCUACAUUAAGCAAUGUUAA